AUGGGGCUCUUCAAUGUCACUCGCCCUGCUUUUUUCCUCCUGACUGGUAUCCCUGGCCUGGAGAACCUUCAUUCCUGGCUGGCAGGGCCCCUCUGCGUGAUGUACGCUGUGGCCCUGGGGGGAAACACAGUGAUCCUGCAGGCUGUCCGCAGAGAGCCCAGCCUCCACGCCCCCAUGUACUACUUCCUGUGCAUGCUGUCUCUCAGCGACGUAGCCAUGUCCCUAGCCACGCUGCCCACUGUACUCAGGACCUUCUGUCUCAAUGCUCAGAGCAUUGCUUUUGAUGCCUGUCUGAUCCAGAUGUUUCUCAUUCACUCUUUCUCCAUGAUGGAGUCGGGGAUACUGCUGGCCAUGAGCUUCGAUCGCUAUGUGGCCGUUUGUAAUCCCUUGCGCUAUGCCACUGUGCUCACCAAUGAACUCAUUGCCGGGACAGGUUUCGCUGUGACAGCUCGGAGCUUCAUCUCCCUCUUCCCGCUUCCUUUCCUCAUUAAGAGGCUGCCCAUCUGCAGAUCCAAUGUUCUCUCCCACUCCUACUGUCUGCACCCCGAUAUGAUGAAGCUCGCCUGUGCAGACAUCACCAUCAACAGCAUCUAUGGACUCUUCGUUCUUGUAUCUACCUUCGGCAUGGACUUGUUGUUUAUCUUCCUCUCCUAUGUGCUCAUUCUGCGUUCAGUCCUGGCCAUUGCUUCCCAUGAAGAACGUCUCAAAGCUCUCAACACGUGCGUAUCACAUAUCUUGGCUGUGCUUGCGUUUUAUGUGCCAAUGAUUGGGGUCUCCACGGUGCACCGCUUCGGGAAGCAUGCUCCCCGCUACGUCCACGUCCUCAUGUCCAACGUGUACCUCUUCGUGCCUCCGGUGCUCAACCCGCUCAUCUACAGCGCCAAGACAAAGGAGAUCCGCCGAGCCAUCGUCCGCAUGUUUCAAAGCAUCAAAAUAUGA